UCCGCGCGGCUGUAUAUGUGCAAGGGGUGGAGCCGGGACCUCCGCUUCCGGUGGCUGGGUCUGGGAAAGGGGCGGCAGGCGGUAAGCGCCAUGUCCGGCCGCGAGGGUGGCAAGAAGAAGCCCCUGAAGCAGCCCAAGAAGCAGGCCAAAGAAAUGGACGAGGAGGAUAAGGCUUUCAAGCAGAAACAAAAAGAAGAGCAGAAGAAACUCGAGGAGCUAAAAGCGAAGGCUGCGGGGAAGGGCCCUCUGGCCACUGGUGGGAUUAAGAAAUCUGGCAAAAAGUAAGCUGCUCCUUGUCCCUGAGGCCAUGGUGACCGUUGCUUCCAUUCCUGUUUAAACAUCCGGAUUCCCUGCUGUAACAUCUUUUGCCACUUUAUAGCUAGAAUGAAGUUUUGUCUUGGAGCCUGUUGUACAUUUAAGAAUAAACUUUUGUAGAAAAAAAGAAACCACCCAAUGGCUUAUUUCUCCCUAGUUCUCAUUCAGCCAUUCCUACUUUAACUGUGAGAUCAGAGUAAGCCCAGUACAGAAUCCUUCCACAAUCUGCUCUUCAGUCUUUGUUCUGCCCCAAAUUCUAUACCACCUGGAAUUAAACCAACUCAUUUGAAAUGGC